UGAGUCGCCGGUACUCAAACAUUUCAAACGCUCCAGGAGCUGCAUUUAGUGAAUUUCUCAGUCAUUCUUGGUGCUUCCCACCACAAAUUCGUCACAAGUGACUAUUUAUUGUGAGAGUGAACGUGAAUUGGUCGAAGCACUGUCAUCAUGUCUGUGAAAGACCAAUUAAUGACCGAAGUCGCGGAGCCACUAAGUAGUUCCGGCAACAAGGUGACUAUAGUGGGAAUCGGUCAGGUGGGAAUGGCCUGUGCCUUCAGCGUACUUACGCAGAGUGUCUCCAGUGAGGUUGUCCUCGUGGAUGUAAUGGAAGAUAAAUUGCGUGGAGAAAUGUUGGAUUUGCAACAUGGUACGGCAUUCAUGAAAAAUGCCCGCAUAGACGCGAGUACAGAUUAUUCCAUUACGGCCGGAUCACGAUUGUGCGUCGUGACGGCGGGUGUACGUCAGCGAACUGGUGAAAGUCGCUUGGAUUUGGUGCAGAGGAACACAGACAUCUUCAAAGGCAUCAUACCAAAGCUCGUGGAGUACAGUCCCAAUACCAUCCUCCUGAUUGUCUCCAAUCCCGUCGACAUACUGACAUACGUGGCAUGGAAGCUGAGCGGCCUCCCGAAAAACCGUGUCAUCGGCUCGGGCACCAAUUUGGAUUCAUCACGAUUCCGUUUUCUGAUGUCCCAGCGACUGGGUGUAGCCCCGACAUCGUGUCACGGCUGGAUUAUAGGUGAACACGGUGACUCCUCUGUGCCUGUGUGGUCAGGAGUCAACAUUGCCGGUGUUCGCCUGCGCGAGAUUAAUCCCAGCGUCGGACUUGAGGGUGAUAAGGAGAAUUGGAUUGAGCUGCACAAGAAAGUCGUCGAGAGUGCCUACGAGGUGAUUAAAUUGAAGGGGUACACCUCAUGGGCAAUUGGACUGUCGGUCGCAUCGCUGGCAUCGGCACUUCUCCGCAACACCCACAACGUUCAUGCCGUUUCGACUUUGGUCACGGGCGAACAUGGCGUAGAUAAGGAAGUCUUUCUGUCUCUGCCGUGUGUUCUCGGCGCGACCGGAGUUAGUCACAUUGUUCGUCAAAUUCUAACCGACGACGAAACAAAUCAACUUCAAAAGUCUGCCGAACUAAUGAAUGAGGUCCAAGCGGGCCUCAAAUAUUGAUAAAUUAAGGAAUUUUCAUACACGAAGAGAAAAUGUAUCGCUUCUAAUCUUGUAUCAUUUGCAUUUUUCCUAAUGAUGGCAUUUUGUCAAUAUGUUGCGAAUAUCGACAAUGAAGAAUUCAAAAUAUACAGAAUCUACCUCAUGAGAGCGCGUUGAGAGUCGUAUAAUUGUUAAGUGACGUUGAAGAUAAAUAUGUAUUAAGUGGUUCUAAAAUGGAAUGUUCGAUCACUAUUGUGAAUGUAUUAAAUUUGCACACAUCAUA